AUGAAUUCGCCUAGUGAUACCCCAACCAAGCCAGAACGCAAAUCGUUCAAGCAGGCCUGCGAUAACUGCAGGCGUCGAAAGAUCAAGUGCUCGAGAGAGCUUCCAUGCGAUAAAUGCUCGCGUCUCCUCCUGUCCUGCUCCUACAGCGAUGUGCUGCGCCGCAAGGGCCCCAAAUUUCGCACUCUCUAUCCUCUGGCUCCCAUUCAUCCACUCAUCUCCAGGCCUCGAGAUGCGCUACACUACGACCCAAGGCAACAUCCUCUGGAUAAGGAGAUGCUUCAGGACAAUGGAGUCUACCAGAUGGGUGCCUCUCCCACCUCUCCGCCGUUCUCGGUGAUCGAUGCCCAGUUCCAGCCACAGGACUUCAUGGAACCGUUUGCACGGCUGCCUCCUCCAGAGCUGGUCUCUUCUCCUGAGUCGACCAAUUCUCUCUCGGAUUCGGGAACUGGUCAUUUCUAUCCGUUUGCAAGACGUCUCUCUUCGCCGGUGCUUCUUGCGCAUGUGAACGUCUACUUCAAGUAUCUGUUUCCCAUCAUGCCAGUGGUGCGCAAAGAUGAACUGCAGGCGGAUUGCCACCAGCCAGAAAGACUGACUCCCCAGCGAUAUGCCUUGCUAGCAGCCUUGUGUGCUGCGACCCAUAUCCAGUUGAAGCUGGAUGGAGCCAUGGCAGUGUCCGACCCAUCUGCCUUUGGCACGGACGGACAGUGCACAAUGUCAGGGGAAGAGCUGCUGGCCGAGGCGGUACGGGCGAGAAAGGAGUCUGAUCCCACGGACGAUGUCAAUAUCGACAGUCUUCUGACAUCCUUCUUCGUGUUUACUGCCUAUAGCAAUCAAGACAAGCAGGAGCAAGCCUGGUUUUACCUGAGCCAAGCCACGUCGAUGAUUUUCACACUUGGUCUGCAUCGGGAGGCGACCUACGCAGAAUUCAGUCCUGAGGAAGCAGAAGAGAAACGCAAGGUUUUUUGGCUACUUUUUGUCUCUGAAAGGGGCUACGCACUGCAACAAGCAAAACCGGUCUUGCUUCGCAAUUCCAUCCACAAACCACAGGUCCUCUCCUCUGAAGACCCUAUUCUCGCCUAUGGCUUCGUCAACCUCAUCAAUGUCUUUGAGAAGUUGACCCCCAACCUCUACGACUGGGUCUCGACCGGUGGUGGCGACGCGUUUUUUGAGAUGCCCCCAACUUCGGCCAUCCAGUCCAGCCUUUGCAAGCCCAUGUCGCUAGACGGAGUCGUCGAGAUCCAACGGGUCGACAUCCUGGUCACCCAGCAGUGGCUGCAGGUGAUGAUGUGGAAACUCUCCAUGACGCACGCCACGCAGCCAGGAUCUCGCGACGAUGCUGUGCUUCCAUUCCACCUCCCGAUCCUUGUCGGCAAAUCCGUGAUGAAUGCCAUCAGCGCAGCCUCCCAGGGUUCUGUCGACGCCCACGGCAUCGGAAUGGAACAAAAACUCUUCGACGUGGGCAUGGCCGUCGCAGACGUCACCCGCUCCCUCGGCUCCAAGGCCGCGCAACACCUCGCCGACCCGCGCGAGCUCCUCUGGGCCAUCCUCAGCACCCUCUCCCGCAUCCGCGGCGCCCCCUCCUACCUCUUCCCCACCCUCCUGGAGCGCUCCAAAUCCAUCCUCGGCCUCGACUGCUCCGUCAACACAAGCAACUUCCUCCCCCUUAUGGCCGCGAGCGCAGCAAACCCCGGCGCCGCUGCCGCUGCCGCUGCCGCCGCGCCCCCGCCUCCCUUCCGCAACCAACAUGCCAGAUGGGACCUCCUCGCCCCGGCCGACGAGCAGCAGAAACCAGACGAGGCGGCAGAGCGCUCUGUCGCGCAGCAGCAAAUGCCCGAUAUGACCUUUCACGAUACCCAUUCCCAUACCCAUGCCCAUCUCCUGCGGCGCGCAACGGUCAUCGAUUACGAACAUUGA